CCUUUAAGGUCUCUCAGUGGUGCAUUCAUUACUGUUGUAAUCGAGUCCAUCCACCUUCUCUUUCCUUCAACUUUUCUCAGCAUUAUGGACUUCUCAAGGGAGCUGGAUCUUCGCAUAAUAUGUCCAAAAUUGCUGAAGGAACUGAAUUUUAUAUAGAGCUCAGAUAUGGGUGUUAAAGGCUUGCUGUGGUUUGUGACCAAUGCCUGUCCAGGGGUGUGUACAGUAGUAAAUCUGAAAGAAAUGGCAGAAAACCACUGCAGCAAUUUUCCUGGAUCCAUUCCUGUUAUUGUGGUUGAUGCCAUGUCUUGCCUCCGUACAUGGUACACACCAGAAUCCUGGGUCUGUGGUGGCCAGUGGCGAGAAUAUCUUUCUAACCUAGAAGGUUUUAUAAAUACCUUUACAGCAGCUGGUAUCAAACUUGUGUUUUAUUUUGAUGGCGUGGUAGAGCAGAAAAAAAGAGAUGCAUGGAUCAAACGCAGAUUGCAAAAUAACAAAGAGAUAGCCAGGGUUUUCGAGUUCAUCAAGAUUAAUAAACAACAACCUGGGAGAGAAAUGUUCUUUAUUCCAAGUGGGUUGUCUACUUUUACACGCUUUGCCUUGAAGACCCUUGGGCAAGAGACAAUAAGUUCGUUGCAAGAGGCAGACUAUGAAGUGGCUUCUUAUGGACUACAAAACCAGUGUAUGGGAAUUUUGGGAGAAGAUACAGAUUACUUGAUUUAUGACACUGUUCCCUAUUUUUCAAUUAGUAAGCUCUGCCUGCACAAGAUGGAAACAGUUAUGUUCUCAAGACAGAAUCUUUGCUGCAGACUGGGCCUCCGUGUAGUUGACCUCCCACUUUUUGCCUGUCUUCUUGGCACAGAUAUCAUUCCUGCAAACAUUAUGGAAGGUUUUCGGAAUCAAUGCCUAGCUUCAUAUUAUGGUAAAAGAUGGGGCAACGAUAGAAGGACUAGCACAAUUCUGGCUGUAGCAAACUAUAUUUCAGUGAUUCCUCGUUCAUAUAAUAGUUUGGUAGCUUUGGCAGAAAGGCUUCCUAUGGGAUCAGACAAAUUUGUCCUUUGCAGAGGAAUAGAGUCUUAUCUUCUGCCUGGGCAGCAGUCUCCGUGGCUUCCUUGUGACUUCGUACAAUCAUUGGCAGAAUCAGUCAAACAAGAUGUGCCCUUGUGUCCAGAUCAGGAGAUCUUUCAGAUAGCUAAAGACCAACAUGUGAGAGCUGAAAGCUGUUCAGUAUAUGAAGUCCUAAGUUGUGGAGAAAUUGAAUGCAGCAACACUUUGGAAGAUGAAAAUGAUACAGAACUCCCUGGACAGGCACUUGUCUAUCGCCCUGUUCGUGAACAUAUCUAUUCUGUCCUGUUGGAGUCUGCAAAAGAUGUCCAUGGAAAGUAUCCUGUGGUAAAGGAGUGGUUUGUGUAUGCUGGGAAUUCUCUAAACCAACCGGACCUGGUGCAUCCUAAAGAACUUCCAGGUGGCACGCCCAGCUUGAGGACACUCUGGCUCAGUAGGGGGCCGGAGGCUGAACAGCGACGGCAUUGCACAUUUCUGGCAUGCUUUCAAGUCCAAGACAUAGAGGAAGAACUCCAAGCUCUGGAAGCUCCUGUUGCUUCUGUCUGUGUUUUGUUGCUGUACCUCAUGCUGCAAGUGGACAGCCUCUCUCUGGAAGACUUGAAUGCCUUUAUAGCUCAGACUCUGUGCCUGGAGGGGAAGUCAGCCGCUCAGCUUGCAGACUUGCAGGUUGCCCAGGUUGAUUCAAGAGCAGUACAGCUUGGUUCUCUCUUCAUUCGUGGUCUGUCUGUGUUAAUUAAGGCCAACAGUGCCUGUGGCUUCCCCUUAAGAAUGGUUGAUUUAAUGCCAUGGCAUCUAUUUGAUGGGAAACUUUUUCAAGAAAAAUACCAGCAGACUCACAGAGGAUGCUCUUUACAUGAGCUCUUGGAAGGCAAUGAAUCUUGGCUUGCAAAGUUUCAGAAUCUGAUGUCCCUUAUUUGCAAAGCAUGCUCAGCAAAAGAUAGAACAAUACAGAGCAGACGACGAGAGAUUUGCUUUAUGACAGAGAGACAAGAAAGAAGAGGAGGUUCUCACUUUCAGAACACAAGCAGAAAUCAGUCGCGUGCAUAUCAUCCUCAGAAUAGGGGAGGUUUCAGGAGACGCCCUCAGUCACCUACUCAUACUUCUAGAGCUCAGCCUCCAGGUCCAGGAUACAGAUCAGGAUACCACCCUCACAGGGGACAGAGAUUCCAACGUGCUCCUCGAUGGCACACAGAUGAUGCUUCUCCUGAGUGGAACUGAAUAGAAAGAGUUUGAGCAAAGAUAUUCUGAAAAUAUGUGACGGAUUAAUCAUCAAAAUUAGUUUUCUGUUUUAUAUUGUGGAAAGCAUGAUGAGGCUCAAUAAAACGCUUGGAAAUGAGAGAUGCAAUGCUAUUACAUUGCAGAAUUAUGGAUUAGAAGAUGCUUCUUUAAGGCAAGUACAAAUUUGAUUGGAAAUCAGCAACCAAUUUGACUAAUUAGUUAGUCCAAGGAAGAGAUGACUGGUGUUCAGGGAUCAUUCACUAUUUUCACUAGAGAAGUAGCAGAGAGUAUGCUCAGCACUUUUCUGGAUGACACAAAAGGAUGGACUGCAAGAGCACAACAUUCAAUUUGAAAAUGACCUUGGUCAGAAAGCAACAAAAUCCAACAGAUGCAAAUAUGAACUCAUUAUACUGCAAGGUAAUGUCUUGGCAAAUAUAAACUGGAAGAAAACGAUCUUUAUCAUUUCCAGUCUUAUUCUACCGUUGUGCUUUUGUGAUAAGAAAUCUAUUUUAUUAGCAGUGAAUGAGUAAAAAUAGAAAGAAUCAAAUUAUUAAAGUCUAACAUAACCAUACAUGAAAUCUGAUUCUGUGGGAAAUUUAUUUCUGGUCUAAAAGCUUUUAUAUAAGAGAGGAGAUAAGCAUUCCAGGUUUCCUAUAUUUUAGUGAGUGUCAAAUGGAUGCGAGGUAGAUGACUGGAGCGCAAGUGGAGAAAGACUCGGCUUGAAUCCAACAGAUCGCAACAUAGAGCUCAUUUGAAGACCUAUGCUCAGGUGAUACGUGUGGCAAAGAAGCAAUUCUAUUCUGCCCGUAUUGUAUCCACAAGUUCACGUCCAGCAGAGUUGUUCAGGGUUGUGAGAGGGCUAGUAUGUGGCCCUCCUCCCUUGAAUCAGAAUCUGGAACCAUCGAUUACCCUCUGAUGUGUUUAAUGAAUUCUUUGUGGGGGAAAUCUCUCGUAUUCGGGCCAACUUAGACUCCAUCUCCACAAUUACUUCAGUGUCUGAUGUGGAAGUGUCCAGCAACUCCUCUUGUGUGAUUCGGUUGGUUCAGUUCCAGUUUGUGACUCCUGAAGAUGUGGACAAGCUGAUUGGAACAGUGCGGCCCACCACCUGUUCUCUUGACCCUUGCCCAACAUGGCUUAUAUUAUCUGGCGGCGGGGGAGGGGGGUUGUAGAAGGCCUGGUAGAGAUUAUAAAUGCAUCUCUGAGGGAAGGUAGGAUGCCUCCUUGUCUUAAGGAGGCAAUUAAUAGACUGCUUCUGAAGAAGCCUACCUUGGAUCUCUCAGAGUUGAGCAACUACAGGCCUGUCUCCAACCUUCCAUGUCUGGGCAAGUUAAUUGAGAGGGUGGUGGCCUCCCAGCUUCAGACAGUCUUAGAGAUACAUGUUUUUGUACACCGCUCAGAGUCUUUGGAGUGGGAGGUUUAUUUUAAUAAAUAAAUAAAUCAUAUCUUGACCCAUUUCAAAUUGGCUUUUGGGCUGGCUAUGGGGUGGAGACUGCCUUGGUCGGCCUGAUGAAUGGUCUCCAAUUGGGAAUGGACAGAGGAAGUGUGACUCUGUUGGUCCUUUUGGACCUCCCAGCGGCUUUCGAUACUAUCGACCAUAGUAUCCUCCUGGAGCUUCUCAGGGGGGUGGGGGUGGGAGGCACUGCUUUGUAGUGGUUCCACUCUUACCUCUCGGGCAGGUUCCAGAUGGUGUCCCUUGGAGACUGCUGUUCUUCAAAAUCUGAACUUUUGUAUGGUGUGCCUCAGGGCUCCAUAUUGUCUCCGAUGUUGUUUAACAUCUACAUGAAACCACUAGGAGAGAUCAUCAGGAGAUUUGGUGCAGGGUGCUCUCAGUAUGCUGAUGACACCCAAAUCUAUUUCUCCAUGUCAGCAUCAUUGGGAGAGGGCAUAACCUCCCUAAAUGCCUGCCUGGAGUCGGUGAUGGGCUGGAUGAGGGAUAAAAAACUGAGAUUGAAUCCAGAUAAGACAGAGGUACUCGUUGUGCGGGGUCGGAACUCGAGAGACGAUUUUGAUGUGCCUGUUCUGGAUGGGGUCACACUUCCCCAGAAGGAACAAGUACACAGUCUAGGGGUGCUUCUGGAUCUCAACCUCUCCCUGGUCUCCCAGGUUGAGGUGGUGGCCAGAAGUGCCUUCUAUCAGCUUCAGCUGAUACGCCAGCUGUGUCCGUUUCUUGAGAUGAAUGACCUCAAAACAGUGGUACAUCUGCUGGUAACCUCCAGACUGGAUUACUGCAAUGCGCUCUAUGUGGGGCUGCCCUUGUAUGUAGUCUGGAAACUACAGUUGGUCCAGAAUACAGCAGCCAGGUUGGUCUCUGGGUCAUCUUGGAGAAACCAUAUAACUCCUGUAUUGAAGGAGCUACACUGGCUGCCAAAAUGUUUCCGGGCAAAAUACAAGGUCUUGGUUAUAAAGCCCUAAACAGCUUGAGCCCUGAGUAUUUAAGGGAACAUCUUCAUCAUGAACCCCACCAUCCACUGAGAUCAUCUGGAGAGGUCCAUCUGCAUUUGCCACCAGCUCGUCUGGUGGCCACUCAGGGACAGGCCUUCUCUGCUGCUGCCCCGAGGCUUUGGAAUGCGCUCCCUAGUUAAAUAAGAGCCUCCUCGUCUCUGACAGCUUUUUAAAAAUAUUUUUAAAGUAAAAUUUAAGUAAAUUUUUAAGUAUUUUUGAAAAAGCAUCUGUUCACCCAGGCUUUUCAUUAAUAUUGUUUUAAUGCUAUUUCAAAAUAUUGUUUUAAAAAUUUUAAAUUGUUAUAAUAUUUCAAACUUUUUGUUUUUGUUUUAACUAAUGUUUUACUUUCUGUUUUUAUUUUGUUGUAAACCGCCCAGAGACCUAAGUUUUGGGCGGUAUAAAAAUAUGUUAAAUAAAUAAUAAUUAUUAUUAUUAUUAGAGAAAGGCUGUGCUAGUGAGUAAUGCAAAUACACAUUGGUUGAUCCUGCAUCUUAAUAGAAUCGUGUCUUUAAGUGUGAGAGAGAAAUAAGCAUGUAUAAGUGUAAACAAGUAUAAAUUGGAGUAAAUCUGAGCCAUUCACAUUGCU